GUAGGAGAAGAAUGCGCAGUCCACAUAAUAUUAAUAAAUAAUAAAUAAUAAUAUUAUGGUUAAUACUAUGGCUAUUAAGGAUUGAUGAGAAAUAAGAAUUGGCGCAUGCGUAAGCUCAUAUCCUAUAACCUGUUCUACCAAGUGUUCAGUGCUGGGAUCUUUUAUCUAUGGCUGGGAUCUAAUAUUAAGCGCGCGCCGAGUGCUGACACAUGUUGCGGGUUAUCACUUAUCAGUAUUCUAUAAUAUUAUUUCUCAUUCUCUCAAAGGCUGAUUGUUACAAAUUUAAAAAUUUAAAACUUCAUGCCAACCGACUUACUUUAGUCAACUAUAUAGGCACAGUGAUUCAGUCUACACUCUGCAAUCAAAGGAACAAAGCUAACCCUAAACAAAAAUGACAAAUUAUCCUGUACAAAACAUGGUCUGGAGCUGUUUAAACACUAAAGAAGAUUUACUUAAAAUAUUUACUGGACAAGUUGAUCGAGAUGUUAUUGAAAUGGUGAUAGAAAGCAGAAAUAAUGAUUUGUUAUUGGCAUAUCGUGAUCUUACUGAAAUAACAAAGGUUCCUGAUCCUGAACAAAAUCUGCAUUUACGAUCUACUGAAGAAAAAAAUCAGUCAGUCUCAGCUUCUACUUACAAUAUUCCCAAAGUUAAUUGGAAACGUUUAUCUACAACUGAAACACCUAUUAAUAAAAUACUCUAUUUAGUAUCAAAACGCUUCAAAGUUUUAGUAUUAAUGAGAGGAUGUCCAGGUAGUGGAAAAUCAUAUCAGGCAACAAAUAUUUUGGAUUUGUGCUAUAAAAAUGUUAACGCCGAUGACUUUAUUUUUAGCGCAGACAAGUUUUUUACGAACAAAUAUAAUGGAAAAUAUUGUUUUAAUCGUAACAAAUUAACUGAAGCACACAAUUGGGCAUUUCAACAAUUCCAAAGGGCUAUUGGAUUAGAAGUUACUCCAGUUAUUGUUGACAAUACAAAUUGUGAAGCUUGGGAAAUGGAAAAUUAUAUUAAAGUGGCUGUAAAUAAUGGAUAUUGGAUUGAAAUUGUUGAACCUAGUACAGAAUGGGCAUGGGAUGGAAUGGAGUUGUUCAAGAAAAAUGUACAUUCAGUACCUUAUGAUUUUAUAAUAUCUUACCUUCGUCGAUAUGAACGUAAUAUCACUAUUGAUAGUUUAUUAACUAGAUUUAAAUUUAAAUACAAUAAGAAUACCAAGCCACCUAUACAAUCAAACAGUUCUAAAACCUACCAGCUUUGUGAAAAUCUUAUAGAUCAAAGAGAUGAAGACUAUGAAUCCCAAAUUGAGAUUAUUGAUGAUUUUAAAGAUCUGAGUCUGUCACAGAAACAAAAAAAAAAAAAAAAAAGCAAAAAAAAAAUAUCUGCUCCUGCCGACAAUAAUGCUGAAGAUAACUCUUUGAUUCCUACAAUUGGUAAAACACUAACAGAAAGAGAAGAAGAUGAUAUUCUUGAGAGCAAUGAAUAUGAAAACCUAUCCCAAGACAUUCCUGAUAUAGAUGAAGAAUCUCAGUUAUCUGUGGAAGAAGCUUCAAAUUAUGUCAAUAAAUCUGUCAACACUUCUGAAAAUGAUUUUUUAUUUAUGGAUGUCCUGAAUGAAAUACCUGAAGAAGAGUACAGUAGCUAUGUUGUUUUUGGAAGAAACAGAGAUAUUAAUGAAGGGAAUCUGAGUAUUUUGAAUAUGCCUUGUGGAAAAUUAGAUAAAGGAACAACUACUAACGACCUUAAGAAAAUGAUACCUAAACUAAAUUUAAAUAAACUCGGAGAACAAUACCCAGAAAAUAUUUCUUCAUUAAUUAUUGAAUUAUUUGACAAAUGUGAAGGAAAUAUUGACUGGAUUGUAGAUAUGUUGGAAGAGUCUGGACAUUAUAUAUCGAAACAACAAUUGUGCAAUUUUAUUGAGUUUGAAGAAAAUUAUUUUAUUAAAAAUGUUCAAUGUCAAGACUCCAUUCAACUUUUAAAAGAAAAUCACGAACAAGAUAAUAUUUUGUUUGAUUCUCCAUUAAAUCCACAGUCAAAAUUAGUAAAUAAAAUCACUGAAGAAACUGAUGGUAAAAAGAAAAAACUUGGGAAAAAAGUCAUUGAUAAAAAAAUACAGAGAACAUUUAAAGUUGUUGAUGAUGAUUUAAGAAAAAAUAUUGAAAAUAAAUUUACAUUUGGAGAUUCAUUAUACUCUGAUCAUGUUUUGAAGAUAAAAAAAUUUAAAGAAAAUCAAAAUGCACCAGAUAGUACUGAUUUUAUUUUUCCAAGAUCUGAGAGCAUCGAAGAAGAUCUUAUGCUUGAAAAAGAUGAUGAUGGAAACUUUGUUCAGUUAGUUAUGGAUAGAAGUGUACUUGCUCAAUUAUGUGAUUAUUUUGGCGAUUUCUCUCCUAAUUUUAAUCAAAAUACAUUACUAAUGCCAGUGAAAUUACCUGAAAAGUUGGCUGAAGAACUUUAUUAUUAUUUGAUUGCAAAUACGCCUUUAGAUGUUUGUAAUCAAGAUGCCAUUUUACAAGAUGAAACUUUGGCUCGAAAACUACAAGAAGAAUCUACAGAAGAAUGUUCUUCAACUAACUCAAAUAACUAUAUUGGAGAAUUCACAUUUUCUGCAGUCUUAACAAAAAAAUUGCUGUUGGAGAAAUUUAAACAUAUGAAUUCUACACAUGUUCUAAAUGUUUUGCGUGCUAAAAAUUAUAAAUUUCAUGAAGCAAAUGAAUUUCUAAGUGAGGCAUCUGGAACUAAAAGUUCGUUAAACCAAGACAGUCCCACUGUUCAAGAAAAUGAAAGAAGUUGUGUUGAUUGGGUAGGACAUAAUGCAUCCAAUAAUAGUCAAGAUUAUAGUAGAGUAGCUCAAGAACUUUCAAUCAAGAGACAACAGCUUUUACAAAAAGCUAACCAAUCAUUAAGUGCAAAACAACAUCCUUCAGUCACUGCUCAUUAUUUAGAGAGAGCCGACAUAGUUAAACAGAACGAACAACUUGCUAAAACCAAAGCUCUUGUCGAUAUGGUUAAACAAAAUGAAAAUGCCACUUCCUUAGAUUUGCACAAUUUAACAGUUUCAGAUGCUAUUGUAGCACUAGAUAUAUAUUUGGAUAAUCAUAUAUCAAAUUUGAAAAAACCUAAUGGAGGAAAUAGAGGUAGACAACUAACCAUUAUUACAGGCCGUGGAAAACAUAGUCCUAAGGGUAUAGCUCGUAUUAAACCAGUUGUCGUAAGAAGACUUCUAGAUAGACGUUUAAUGUACUUGGAACCUGAAAUACCAGGGACAGUAAUGGUUAUUAUCAAAAAGAAUUCUUUGCUCAGUUCAGAAUGUUAAAAGUUAUUAAUAAGUAUGUUUAUUAAUGUUAAAUUAGAUACUGCUGAUAUGUAUUUAAAUAAUUAUAAUUGGAUUUUUUUUCAUUGACCUAUUUUAACUUUAACCGUUGAUUACUUUAGUUAAGUUAAUAGUUUUAUUUAAUUUCCUAAUAGUUGAAAAUUAUGCUCACAACAUGAACGUUAUCUGUUGAUUGUUUUUUUUAUUUUUAUAAGUAUUUUUACGUUUC